AUGGAGGGCAUGCUAACUAAACUAUGGGCUGGGAGAGGUCAGAUUCAAGUGAUCGAUAUGCCUCAGAAUUACUUCCUGGUGCAGUUCUCCGAUGAGGAAGACUACAACCAUGCUUUGUAUGAAGGUCCCUGGAUGGUGGCGAAUCACUAUUUCAUCACCCAGCGGUGGAGGCCUUUCUUUUUGAACAAGGGGAAGCCUGUUGAGAAGGUUGCGGUUUGGAUUAGGAUUCCUGACUUGCCAAUUUUCUUUUACAAUUUGAGUUUCCUCUCUCGGGUUAGAGCGGAGUUGGGCACAAUGCUGAAGGUGGAUCAGUUGACUUCUAUUCAUUCCAGGGGGCAGUUUUCACGUAUAUGUGUGGAGCUUAACCUCAAGAGGAAGCUGGUGCCAACGAUUACUGUGAUGGGGCUGACGUUACACCUCGAGUAUGAAGGAUUACACAUGAUUUGUUUCAAUUGUGGUAGGUAUGGCCACCGCUUGGAGAAUUGCACUGAUCAUCCAGUUGACCAUGGUGGAGGGCAUGCUCCACAUGACGCUGGGAAUGAUACCAGGGGGCAGAAGGAGGCUCCGACGCAGGAUCCGGCCCUGACAACCCCGACGUCAGUGGAGACGGCGACGGAUCAGAUGAUAGUUGUCGGUGUCGGUGAAAUGGGAAACCCUAGUUCUCCAAGUUUAGAAGGUGCCAAUCAUGGAGCGAUGAUUGUGGGAACUGCUGACAAUCAGGAGGAGAGGGGCGCGAAAUCUGAGGAAGCAGUUUUUGGGUCGUGGGUGAUGGUUAAGAGAAGGAAUUUUAGGCGCGGAAAUAAAGGGAACAUUAAUGAUGGGAGAGAUUCCAAAGGAAUUAAUGGAUCCAGGAAUAUUCCACCUAGAGGGCAGCACUCUAAUGCCAAACCAGGUCUGCCUAGAGCGGGCCCACAUAAAAAUAUUUCCAAUGGUGAAAUACAUGUUGCGGGGUCGUCUCCAAAUUCAAAGAAAGGUCCCAAUGGCCCUAUACGUAUUUUGACCCGACCCACUAGUAGUAACGUGGGGGGAAGUUUUCCUUCUGGCCCAGGUUCUUCAAGUGACCCGAAACCUGGCGACGCCAGCGCUGUUAGCACCAUAGACGAUGGGUCCAGUCGGGAUGAGCUUUUGAUAGUACAACCGAUGGUCAUGGACCGGAUUGACUCUGGGGAUACUCCAUAG